CCGAGGAAGGAAGUGGGGCCGUCGCUGUAAGAGAGUACGUGGCGGUGAGAUGUUAGCUGCUGCUGCGCCAGUUCAGCCUUGGUCGCUCACUCGCUCUUGUGGCUCUGGCAGUGCAGUUAUGGAGUGAGGGAAGAAGAAGGAGGAGGAGGAGAAUGACCCUUCCGUUGUGAAUGCGUCAUCAUCCUCAUCUGCAGAAUCCAAGUGCGUUGAUUGUCGUGAAGAUUGGUGGGUUUUUGUCCAUGAAAGCGAUUUCUUCAUCUUCUUCUUCACCGCCUUCAUCAUCAUCAUCAUCAUCAUCAUGCCAUUCUGCUGGGUUUCUUCAUUCGUCGUGCUCGUACUCGGGCUUGAGCGGCGGUCAUGCCCUUCCUGCGUGCUUCAACCGGAGGAGAAUCGACGGGGACGAGAAGUGCAUCAAGUUCGUCGUGGUUCUGGCGAAGAAGAAGAAGCCCUCCUCCUCCUCUUCUUCUUCUUCUCCCCAGGCUUCUGAACCGACACCUCCGAGAAUUACGUCGAAUGUCAAGGAGAAUUUGCAGUUUCUGAGGCUGUGGAAGGACUUCCAAAAGAGAAACUCUGGCAUCCCUAAGCCUGCCACCAGUUACCGCAGGAAGAAGUUGCCAAAGGAAGACCUCCCGGAUGAUGACAUGGAGCGCUACAGGGAUCCUACCCUUGCCCUCUACCAUACGAAUCAGGGUAUAGAAAAUGCGGUACCUGUCUUGCUCGUGGAUGGUUAUAACGUGUGUGGCUAUUGGGCAAAGCUGAAGAAACAUUUUGUGACUGGAAGGCUAGAUAUUGCUCGGCAGAAGUUGAUUGAUGAACUAGUUUCAUUUAGCAUGCUCCGAGAGGUAAAGGUAGUGGUUGUAUUUGAUGCCAUGAUGUCAGGACUUCCAACAAACAAGGAAAGUUUUGCUGGUGUGGAUAUAAUUUACUCAGGUGAAUCUUGUGCAGAUGCAUGGAUAGAGAAAGAGGUUGUUGCCUUGAAGGAAGAUGGGUGCCCCAGGGUUUGGGUUGUGACUUCGGAUCGCUGUCAGCAGCAAGCAGCGCAUGGAGCAGUAUGUGUUAUUGUUGAGUUAGACUAUUAAAAGAUGUUUCAAGGAGCGCACAACAAUCAGUUGAGCCCUUUGACUAUUAUUAAUUAUUCAGUUAAGCUUUUGAACUUUGUUUUGCCAAAUUAGCCUAAUACUUGUAAUUUUACUCUAUGUUUUUUUAUAAAUGGACAUGUCUCAAUAGCAAAAUAGCCAGUAAUCUAUCUGAACGAAAAUGAUAGACUUCUCGUGAAGCUGAACAACCUAUGUUCAUUGAAGUAUAAAGGGAUAACUUGGACAAAGAAAGUAGAAAAUAGCAUGGUUGUGAGGUUGCAGGAACAAGUAUAAUGAGAAAAUUAAAGUAAUGAUAGGAGUGCUCGAAUAAAAAAAUCAUCAAAUCCUAAAGAAAGUUGAAAGGUAGUAGAUGAUAGGUCAUGGCAAAAAAUCUGUGUAUUGAGCUUAGGUGGUGGUGAUCCAGUUUGGAGGAUAGAGAGAAAAUAGUCAUCUAUUGCAUUUUCAUUUAGUCUUAUACUGAGUUCUCACAAUAUAGUUGUUUCUAUGAUUUUCAGAGAAAUGUCCAUCAAUUGGUUUCUUGCUUCUUCCACCUGACCAUCUUUUUAGAUAACUAAGGGUAUUACGAUAUGUCCGGAAAUGCAGCUGCACAGUGAGCACAAAUCAAUUCAAUUGUACUUUUGGCUUUUGCUGAACUAUAUGUCUAGUCUUUGUAGUUGAAGUUGUAAAUCACGUCAGCGACAUUAUUGAAUUAAAAUCACCAGAAGUUGAGAAGUUGUAGUAUGGGCUUAAUCCAACACGAUAGAAUAA